AUGGUGAUAGACUGAUAGUGACCACCACAAAACAAUGGUCCUCUCAAAUUCUCAAUAUCCUUUUGUAGUCAUCAACUGAGCCAAUCAAGCAGUUGGCUCCAUCUGCUCGGAAGUCGGAACUAAGGAAGGCUUUUCCUACACCGUCCAUAAAUAGAGUCUGUAAUUUCCUUUUGUCUCUCUCUCUCUCUCUGUCGACUGUCACAAUACACACAAUGGCUUCUUCUCUAGAGAUCGAGCACGUACGACUGGUGGUGGACGUAGACGAUCCCGGCCCAGAUGAAGCCCAACCGAAAUUUCGGAUACGUGAUCUGAAAAAGAAAUCGGACGCGGGGGUUCCGAUACUGAACGGGAUCAACGUGGACAUACCAAAGGGCGUGAUCGUAGGGAUCAUAGGGCCCAGCGGGAGUGGGAAAUCGACGAUGUUGAGGGCACUGAACCGCCUGUGGGAGCCGCCUUUGGGUACCGUCUUUUUGGACGGCCGGGAUAUUUGCAAACUCGAUGUGCUCAGCCUUCGCCGGAAGGUGGGCAUGCUCUUCCAGCUUCCCGCUCUCUUCGAAGGCACAGUGGCAGACAACGUCCGAUACGGACCACAAUUGAGAGGGAAGAAGCUAAGUGAUGAGGAGGUUCACAAGUUACUAAGGCUUGCAGACCUUAAUCCCUCUUUUUCCAAUAAGACUGGUGGUGAGCUUUCUGUAGGACAAGCUCAAAGGGUGGCUCUGGCUAGGACCCUUGCUAAUAAACCAGAGGUUCUGCUGCUGGACGAGCCAACAAGUGCCUUGGACCCAAUAUCGACUGAGAACAUAGAGGAUGUGCUUGUGAAUCUGAAGAAGAAACAGGGGAUGACAAUUAUAAUCGUCUCUCACAGCGUCAAACAAAUCCAGAGGAUUGCUGAUAUUGUCUGUCUCCUUGUCAAAGGUGAAAUUGUUGAAGUGUUGAAACCUCAAAAUCUCUCAGAAGCCAAGCAUCCCAUGGCACAAAGAUUUCUUGAGCUCAGCUCAUAGUUCUUUUUUUUCUUUUCUUUUCUUCUCAAAAGAAGAUCAUGUCUGAUUGUCUGUGUACAUAUAUAUAUAUAUAUUCCUCUGAAGUCUGUCCAUUACUAAUAUGUCCUUGUCUUCAAACUCUAUUAAGCAAGUUGUCUUGAUAGCAUUACCAUAGAUAAAGUGUUGUGAAGCAUGCAUGGAGAUUAUAGACAGCGUGUUUGUUAAUGGAAGUUAGUAACAUGCUACUUUGGAGCAUCGAGGCUUCAAAUUGAUGAA